GGCGCGGAGGCGCUGCCGGGAGGCCCUGAGGCAGCGGUGGCGGCGGCGGCGGCCUCGGCGUGCGGGAGCGGAGCGGAGCGGGCCGCGCCCCCGGCCCCGCCCGGCCCCGGCCACGCUGGCGCCCGGGGACCCACCCGAGAUGCCGGUGAGAAGCGAGCGGUGCCGUGCGGGUGGAGCGGCGGGAUCGGCCUCUUCGUCACCCUCCGGAGCGGCCGCCAGUAGCCUGGUACCGCCGCCCCCCAUCAACACGGCGCAGCCCGGCGUAGCCACCUCGCUGCUUUACAGCGGCGCCAAGUUCCGCGGGCAGCAGCGCAGCAAGGGCAAUGCCUACGAGGUGGAGGUCGUCAUGCAGCAUGUGGAUAUGGAAAACUCCUAUCUCUGUGGAUACUUGAAGAUUAAAGGCCUUACAGAGGAGUACCCAACCCUCACCACUUUCUUUGAAGGGGAAAUAAUCAGUAAAAAACACCCUUUCUUAACGCGCAAGUGGGAUGCCGAUGAAGAUGUGGAUCGUAAACACUGGGGGAAGUUCCAGGCUUUUUACCAGUAUGCAAAAUCAUUUAACUCUGAUGACUUUGAUUAUGAGGAUCUGAAAAAUGGGGACUAUGUCUUCAUGAGAUGGAAGGAGCAGUUCCUAGUCCCAGAUCACACUAUCAAAGACAUCAGCGGUGCUUCCUUUGCUGGUUUCUAUUACAUCUGUUUCCAGAAGUCAGCAGCAUCUAUAGAGGGCUAUUACUACCAUAGGAGUUCAGAAUGGUAUCAGUCAUUGAAUUUAACUCACGUUCCUGAGCACAGCGCUCCUAUCUACGAAUUCCGAUGACAGCUGUCCAGAACUGAUACUGCACAGAAGCAAACCGGGCAGGAGAGCAUGGCCUGCCAGGAGAACUGUGUCCCUGUCGGAGCACGGGAAUGCACGCUUCUCUCCUGCCCCUCGGACUUGCGAGAGAGAGCCUGAAUGUUAAUCCACCCAGCCCAAGGAGUGUGGCUGCUGGAGCUUGAUUCUCCCUCCUGUUGAGUGGCGAUUUGAUCUUUAAUCUGGUUUUAAGCUACCUUUAAAUGCACUUUCUUAUUGCACAGCUAGUUUCUCUAUCACUGAAAUUCCUCCCGGCUCUCCUCUGGAAGCUGUUUCUCAGUAGCUGGAAUCAGUGGUCUGUCCUCUGAGUAAUAAGAAAAUAUAAGCUUGGUGCUUAUAUUUUCAUUGUUACAGCCUGAUAUGGGUUGAAAUCGCCAGGACUCAGGUUUGUUGCCCAGAUUGCUAGCUCUGAUGCUCCCAGAGCCGGGUCCCGUGUGUGAGGCUCUGCUCAGCAGAGAGCUGCUCAGCCGCAGAGUCUGUCAGGGGAGCGUUGGCUGAGACAGAUGAGGCUUGAACAAGCCUUUGCUUUGCACUGGCUAACCUGGUUAGCCGGAGGAGCUGCAGAUCUUUCAGGAACGCUGGCCCUGUGGAGCUGGGAGCUGUUCCGGUGUCCGGAUACGCCACUGGGAAUUAAUUUGAUGUACGGACUUCCAGGCUCUCAGUAAAGUGGAUCUGAACCCUGCUUAUAGGUGUAUAUUUGCUCUUUACUUAAGUUAAGGGUAAAAAAGGAAAAAAAAAAAAAACAAAGAAAAAAGACUUUUAUUAAAAAAAAAUAUUUUUAUGGUUCCUUUUCUGAAGGACCCUAUGGCAAAUGCACAAGUACUCGAUUACAUUUUACCGUUUUCACAUUGAAAACCGGGAAUGUCUGCGUUUAGUUUUUAUAUACGUGUAUGUAAUCAGCUAGCCGCUUUGGGAAAGUAAUCGGAGUGCAAGUGUCGAGCAGCGUCGCAGAGACAGCUCUGCGUCUGUUCAGCAUUUGGACUCGCUCUUCAUGCUUCACCAACACCACUGCUUGAUACCUUUUUACAAGGAAAAAAAGUAAAAAAACAAGGAGAAAAAAAAA